AUGGCUAGUACAAGCACGAGUACUGCUCUAAUCCACCAUUUUCGGUCGCGCCGUUGCUGCUUUAAACACCUUGAGCCCGUUAGGACACAGCUGAAUUCCGUUAAAAUCAACAGCUCGUGGAAAGGAGCCGGGUUGCGAUUCAUUGCAUCGCGGAACGGGAAUGGUUUUAAUAGAGCUGUCUGUUUCGCUGCUUUUGAUGAUGAUUUGAGAGAUAAACCGCCUGAGUUAGGCAAUACCAGUCGUUCUGGUGGCGCUAGCUCGGCUCUGGAGGAUAGACCUGCCUACUGGGUUCUGACUCCUGCAGCUCUGAAUUUCUUUGUUAAUUAUGCGGAGGGUGUGGUGGAAUCUUUGUGGUCUAUUGAUCAGUACUUCGAGUUUGUGCUUGUACUCAUGUUCAGCACUGGCUUGUCUUUCCAGGUUCCAGUCAUACAAUUACUACUGGGGCAAGUUGGCCUAGUAUCAGGAGACCAGAUGCUGUCUAUCUGGAGAUACGUUGUGGUGGGUGCUGUGGUGGCUGCUGCUGUACUAACACCAUCCACAGAUCCUCUUACACAGAUUCUUCUGGCUGCUCCUCUUCUAGGGCUUUAUUUGGGUGGUGCCUGGGUGGUUAAGCUUACAGGCCGAUGAUUGAUUGGCUUGCUUGUAUAUUUACCAGACUUGCGAAGUAAAAGCGUUACUAGAGUAUAAAUUAGCCAUUUCUUGAUCUUCUUUUUAAUUUGUGCAUCCCUUUGACAUAAAUAAAUCUUUCAUGACACAAUGCAUGGUUUGAGAAUUUUGUUCUAAGCCCAA